AUGGGCAAUCAAGAGGUUAUUGACGAGCUCUUGGACUUUGUGCCUACGAUUAAUUUUGACAACACCACAACCGAGGUUUCGCUGUUCGAGACAACCAUCCGCUAUCUUGGCGGGCUUCUCUCAGCAUACGAUCUGCUUUCCGGGCCGCUAUCGGAUUAUGCCAGUGACCCUGAAAAGGUUGAGGCAAUCCUUGAGCAAGCGAAGCGGCUGGCAGACAAUCUGAAAGUUGCUUUCGACACUCCAAGCGGAGUUCCGGACAACAGCUUGUUUUUCGACCCCCCGCGCAAGGGGGGAUCUGAUACCAACGGAAUUGCUACCAUCGGCACCCUGGUCAUGGAAUGGACUCGUCUUAGUGACCUGACUGGUGACUCUGAGUACGCCGAACUUGCGCAGAAGGGCGAGAGCUACCUGCUUGAUCCGCAUCCUAAAUUGGGAGAGCCAUUCCCCGGACUCAUUGGGACGAAUGUGAACAUCACGGACGGCUUGUUUCUCGACGGCUCUGGAGGCUGGACUGGCGGAACUGACAGCUUCUACGAGUACCUCAUAAAGAUGUACUUGUACGAUCCAGACCGCUUCUCCUUUUACAAGGAUCGCUGGAUCCUGGCUGUCGAAAGCUCGAUCACGUACCUGGCGUCACAUCCCACGACCCGUCCAGAUUUGACUUUCCUCGCGUAUUACAAUAAUGCGACCAGCCUGCGUUAUGUCUCCCAGCAUUUGGCAUGUUUUGACGGCGGCAACUUCAUCCUAGGCGGCCUGACGCUCAACGAGCAGCGUUAUAUUGACUUCGGUCUUACGCUCGUGGACGGGUGCCGCGACACAUACGAGCAGACGGCGACGGGCAUCGGACCCGAGGUGUUCAACUGGCAGGACAACAAGCCGUAUCACAACAACACGACCAACAACGCGGGGCCGCCCGCCGACCAGGAGGCCUUCUACGAGCGCGCCGGCUUCUGGAUCACCGGCAGCAGCUACGUGCUGCGGCCCGAGGUCAUCGAGAGCUACUACUACGCCUACCGCGCCACCGGCGACCCCAUCUACCAGGAGUGGGCGUGGGAGGCCUUCCUCGCCAUCAACAAGACGUGCAGCGUCGGCAGCGGCUUCUCGAGCAUCAACGACGUGAACGUCGCCGACGGCGGGGGCUAUUCGGACUUCCAGGAGAGCUUCUGGUUUGCGGAGGUGCUGAAGUACAGCUACUUGAUUCAUGCCGAGGAUGCCCCUUUCCAGGUCAAGGCGGACCACUCGAACACAUUUGUGUUCAACACGGAGGCACAUCCCGUGAAGAUGGCUGGAGGGCCGCUAUGA